UUAGUUCCUGUAAACUACAUAAACCAAACAGUAAAAAAGUGACGGUAAGGUAAGGGGUUAAUUAAUAGCAAACUUGGACAGGGAUGGAAGGGUAAGCAAGGGCAAGCCAGGACAAAACAUGCCGAGCGUGCAAAUGUUUUCCUUUCAUACAGACUCUGGGAGAAGAAUAUAUGAAUACAGUCAGUAAGAACAGAGUAGAAAAUAUGUAAUAGGCCAACUCGUUUAUGUAGACAGAAAGCAAGCAGCAUACGGCAGCUAAAUGUUAAUUGUUGUUUGUCAUAAAACUACGACGGCUACCAUCACCUAUCCUCCUGCACUGUGGGUGGCGCUUCGGUCGUGGUCCGGGAAAAUGCAGAGGAUGAAGAAGACAAAAGGCAGGCGAAAACGAAACGGAAGUCGGUAAAAGGAAAGGUCUCGAAAGCGCUCCGGUGCCACCCGCCAUUAAACAAUAAGGAGAAGAAGGAAGGUUUGAAUUCCUGGUUGAAAGGUAACCUAAUAUAUCUUGAACAAUGGUGAAGAUUUUUGUGGGAAAUCUGCCCCGAGAGGCAGACCAGGAUGAAAUCAAGGCACUCUUCACCGAGUACGGCACGGUCACUGAAUGUGCCAUCAUCAAGAACUACGCCUUUGUCCACAUGGAUGACCGCAAGGCCGCCACCAAGGCCAUUAAGAAUCUGCACCUCUACAAGCUACAUGGUACACCAAUCAACGUGGAGGCCAGCCACGGGAAGAACCAGGGCGCCGUCAAACUGCAUGUAGCGAAUGUAGAAAAGGGAGCUGAUGAUGAGCUCCGUGCUCUCUUUGAAGAGUAUGGUUCAGUCACAGAGUGUGCUGUUGUCAAGAAUUUUGCUUUCGUACACAUGUCCAACUCUGACGAAGCCAUGGAUGCCAUCAAGGGACUGGACAACACUGAAUUUCAAGGCAAACGCAUCCAUGUCCAGAUUUCUAAGAGUCGUCCCAGACAUGACGAACGGGAAGACUACCCCCCUCCUCCCCCAGACAGGGGUGGCUAUUGGCCCCCACGCUAUCCAGGAGAGAGGCAUGAGCCUCCCCCACCCAGCUACCUGAGAGGCCGCCUCAGCCAUAUACCCCCAGGUUACCCCGCCCCUCCUCUGCCACCCCCUCCCCCUAGACGAGCUGUUUACCCUGAGCGUCCUUAUGAGGGCGAGAGGGACAGAUACGGCGUGGUAGAUUACUAUGAGAAGUACAGAGCCCGUCCGUAUGGCAUCGCCUCCUACGAGGACCAGCGUCCUGGCGCCCCUCCUCCUCCCCCUCCCCCCUCAGCCGUCGUCCGAGACCGUCUUAUGACCUCGUCGCUUGACCCGUAUGAGCGUCGACCUCUUCCACCUCCUCCGUCCUCGUACUAUGCCCGAGAUCGCAGCCCCCUCAGGAGACCGCCUAGUUCGCCGAUGCCUCCUGCCAGUAAUGGCUACUCCUACGAGCGCUCACGACUCUCUCCGGUUUCCCGGGUCCCGGCAUACGGAGUUCCACGCGCCAGGGACCCCUACGCAGAGCGGCUGCCUCCGCCACCGCCUGCACGCUACGCUUAUUAAGCAAGGCCCUGGCAUGUGAAGGAUCGUCGUCCGACUGCGUCGCCGCUCGCCGCCUCCUGAUGCACGUGACACUAUCCUCUUCCUGUCUGUGGCUGAGCGCGUUACGUUCUCCUGCGACGCUCACAGGAGGAACUGAAUUGUCGACGUCCACGUCUGUUUUUGUUUUUAUUAUUUUGGGACAGUUUUUAUUCGCAUUUUUUCCCAUGAUUGUGUUAGUUUCUUACUGUGCUGUAGUCGUUUUAAUGAUUGAAGUCUGAGUUAGGCGCUUUCUUUUUUUUAAGUUGUACUUUUACGUUACAAUAAUUAGUAUUCUGAUGUUGUGUGUGACCUUAGAAAGCUGAAAGAUUUCAGCAGCAGUCUCUAGGCGAUACUUGUGACUGUAGAUUUAACUGAACUGAAUCAUGUUUGGGAUUAAAUCUAAUCUACACGUUGGUUCCACCCUGUUAAGCUUUUCCAUCGAAAACCAAACCUGCAUGUGUCGUUGCUGUAAAAAAUAUAAACUGCUAAAAGUAUAAAAAGUAACUGUUGAUAGGACAGUUACCGCAAAGCGUUCACAUGUACCUGUCCAUUGUCGAACUUGUUUUUAAUAAACGGAUUUGUGCAGAAA